UUUGUUCUCUUCUCUUUCUGUGCUCAUUCGAGUUGGACGUGUUGUGACAGUCAUUUUAGUUGUAAUAGUAAUUUAGUAUUUAUAUAAUAAGUAAGUGAAAUGGCUACCCAAGAUUGCCCAAUGGAAAAUGGAGAAGAUUUUUCAAAAGAUGUUUCUACUGAACAAAAUUUCCAAAACCAAGAUAAUGUACAAAACGGUUCCGGUGACGCUCCACCAGCAGAUAGUGGCAGUGCGGAUACCCCUGGUCGUGAUGACGAUAGAAAAUUGUUUGUUGGUGGAUUAAGUUGGGAAACGACAGAUAAGGAACUUAGAGAACACUUUGGUCAAUAUGGUGAAAUAGAAAGUAUAAACGUCAAAACAGAUCCUAACACUGGCCGGUCGAGAGGUUUUGCUUUUAUAGUCUUCAAUAAUGCAGACUCGAUCGACAAAGUAGUAGCAGCGGGAGAACAUGUAAUAAAUAACAAAAAAGUCGACCCAAAGAAAGCCAAAGCACGUCACGGAAAAAUAUUUGUAGGUGGUCUCACAACAGAACUUACCGAUGACGACAUCAAAAGUUACUUUGGGCAAUAUGGAACGAUCAUUGAAGUCGAAAUGCCAUUUGAUAAGACAAAGAAUCAAAGGAAAGGAUUCUGCUUCAUCACAUUUGAAUCUGAACAAGUUGUAAAUGAACUCCUCAAAACGCCAAAGCAGACUAUUAAAGACAAAGAGGUAGAUGUAAAGAAGGCUACACCUAAACCUGACCAAAUGGGUAUGAUGGGACGUGGUGGUCGAAUGGGGGGACGAGGUGGUACCCGUGGCAGGGGUAGAGGAGGAUACGGUGGUCCAAACUGGAACCAGCCCUACGGAGGCUAUGGUGGAUACGGUCAGGGUUAUGGAUAUGAUGGUUAUGGUAGUGGCUAUGAUUACUAUGGAGGAGGUGGUGGAUAUGGAGGCUAUGGUGGAUAUGAUUACUCCAACUAUGGCAACUAUGACCAGGGAUAUGGCUAUGAUGGAGGAUAUGGUGGUGGACGCAGUAAUAACGCUCGUGGAAAAGGUGGAUCUGGAUACCAGGGGGGUAAACAAAGGGGUGGCGGUACAGGCCAGAGGAACCAAAGGCACCAGCCCUAUUAGAUUAGCUUGUGAUUAAAUAAAUUUCUGGUGUUUUCGUAUCAUCUCAAAGGAUUUUCCAAUCAUUCCAUUUUCAUAAUGACGGCCUUUGGAAAAUAUCUACGUACAAAAAUUUUUAUGUUCAACAUAAAAGAGUUGUUUUUAUUUUUUGAUAUUAAAGUAAAUCUUAACUAGUAAAGAGGAUUGUCUUCAACAAUAAGCAAUUUAUAUACCUACCUUUCUGUAUUAUGUUAACGAUUUUAUUUAAUAGUUUAAAACGUAGCUCUAAGUUUAUGUAAUUGUAUGAGUGCAGGAGGCUUGUGUACUUCCAUUGUAUGACAAAAACUGAAUAAAAGAAAAACUUUGUGUACACAA